AUGUUUUUCAAGAUGAAUACCUACCUUGGCAAUAAAUCCAAUGCAUCACUACCUGGAUAUUUGAAAGUGUCUGCACUAAAUAAUGGCAAUAUUUCUGCAAACAGCUCAAAUGAGACAGCAAGCAAUCUGGAUUCACCUGCCUUGGAUAUCAGCAGGGCGAUAAUUGUGGGGCUUAUCCUAGGUGCCUUUAUACUCUUUGCUAUUAUAGGUAAUAUCUUGGUAAUUCUCUCUGUUGCUUGCAAUAGACAUUUAAGAAUCCCUACAAACUAUUUCAUAAUUAACCUCGCAAUAGCAGAUUUGUUGCUGAGUUUCACUGUCCUUCCAUUCUCUGCUACACUGGAAAUCCUUGGCUACUGGGUUUUGGGGAGGAUAUUUUGUGAUAUCUGGGCAGCAGUUGAUGUGCUAUGCUGUACAGCUUCUAUUUUAAGUCUAUGUGCAAUUUCUAUAGAUAGAUAUAUAGGGGUACGUUAUUCUCUCCAGUAUCCAACUUUGGUAACAAGGAAAAGAGCAAUUUUAGCUCUUCUAAGUGUCUGGGUCCUUUCCAUGGUGAUUUCUAUUGGGCCUCUUUUGGGCUGGAAAGAACCAGCACCCAAGGACGACAAAGAGUGCCGCAUCACUGAAGAACCAUUCUAUGCUUUGUUUUCUUCCUUGGGGUCGUUUUACAUUCCUUUAAUCGUCAUCCUUGUGAUGUACUGUCGGGUCUACAUAGUGGCAAAAAGGACUACUAAAAACCUGGAAGCUGGCGUUAUGAAAGAAAUGUCCAACUCCAAGGAGCUGACUUUACGGAUUCAUUACAGGAACAUUCAUGAGGACACACUAAACAGCACCAAAUCCAAGGGUCACAAUCCCAGGAGUUUUUUUAAAUUCUCUAGAGAAAAGAAGGCAGCCAAGACAUUGGGAAUUGUGGUUGGCAUGUUUAUCUUGUGCUGGCUACCCUUCUUCAUUGUUCUGCCACUAGGAUCUCUGUUUUCAGCUCUGAAGCCCCCUGAAACGAUCUUCAAGGUGAUUUUUUGGCUUGGCUACUUUAACAGCUGCUUGAAUCCAAUCAUCUACCCUUGCUCAAGCAAAGAGUUCAAGAGGGCUUUUAUACAGAUCUUAAAAUGCCAGUGCCACCGUCGAAAGCAGUUGGGGUGGUGGGCCUACAGCUACAGAAACUGGAAUCGGUGCUCCUUUGAACACCCUAGGAGGGACUCUCUGGAAGACAGCGGGAGUUUCCUAAGUGGCAGUCAGAGGACAUUAUCUUCAGCAUCUCCCAGCCCUGGCUACCUGAGCAAAAUCACUCACCCACAUAUGGAGAUGUGCACAGUCCAGGAAUGGAAAAACUCCAGCUCUUUCCUGAGCCCCUUACAGGAAGGCAGCAGACAAAAGGACCCAUGUCAGUUCUUUACCUUCAAUCUCUUAACAGAGCGCAAUGGACAUGUUCCUGCCAGCAGCCAGGCUUCCAGCAAUGGGGACCAUGAGGCCAUCUGUGACACACUGAAUGGCAAAAUAGACUGUAGAGCAAACAGGAUGUUGGAAUGA